AUAUGCACGCUGAUAAAAAGCAGCGCAAGUGUAAUUAAUUAUGAACCCCAGCUAUCUCGAUUUUUGACCAGUGGCAAUCUUUGGGCCUCUUUUGAGGACGUUCGUAGUGUCAUCGUUAAGGCCUGCUUUGCCAAAGAUAACGGGCUUGGCGGUGUCAUGAUUCGCUCUUUAGACCUGGACGAUUUCUCCGGUGUGUUUUGCAGCCAAGGAAGGUAUCCGCUUAUAACUGCAAUCUCAUCAGUUAUAAAGGAAUCCAGCUGUCGAAUCUACGUGCCGACACUUCACGCACGGAGUGGACAAACAGAAGCAACACAUUUCUCAUCAGGUUGGAUAUUUCUGCUUGCGGUAUAUUUACUUCUGGAAUUACAUUUCCACUGA